UGGGGGCCAGAGGCAGAGAGGAUCCAGAGCCGGAGCGGACCUGGCUCUGUCCUCCCAGUCGCCGCCAUGCGCCACCCCGGGCCCACCUGCUGCGCGCUGCUGCUAGUCCUGGGGCUCUGCCAGGCGCGGCCCCGGAACGUGCUUCUGAUCCUCGCGGAUGACGGAGGCUUUGAGAGUGGUGCAUACAAUAACAGCGCCAUCUCCACCCCUCACCUGGACGCCUUGGCCCGUCACAGCCUCAUCUUCCGCAAUGCCUUCACCUCCGUCAGCAGCUGCUCUCCCAGCCGUGCCAGCCUGCUGACUGGCCUGCCCCAGGUGGGUGGCAGGGGAAGGAGGAGGGGUUGCUUUCACUUUAUGGCCUUUGACGCGGUGCGGAGCCUGCCACAGCUGCUCAGUCAGGCCGGCGUGCGCACAGGCAUCAUUGGGAAGAAGCAUGUGGGCCCGCAGGCAGUGUACCCAUUUGACUUUGCCUACACGGAGGAGAACAGCUCCGUCCUCCAGGUGGGACGGAACAUCACUCGGAUUAAGCUGCUGGUCCGGAAGUUCCUGCAGACUCAGGACGACAGGCCCUUCUUCCUCUAUGUCGCCUUCCACGACCCCCACCGCUGCGGGCACUCCCAGCCCCAGUAUGGGGUCUUCUGUGAGAAGUUUGGCAAUGGGGAGAGCGGCAUGGGGCGCAUCCCAGACUGGACCCCCCAGACCUACAGCCCCCAGGACGUGCUGGUGCCUUACUUCGUCCCUGACACCCCAGCAGCACGAGCUGACCUGGCAGCUCAGUAUACCACCAUUGGCCGGUUGGACCAAGGGGUUGGCCUUGUGCUCCAGGAGCUGCGCGGAGCAGGUGUCCUAAAUGACACCCUGGUGAUCUUCACGUCUGAUAAUGGGAUCCCCUUCCCCAGCGGCAGGACCAACCUGUACUGGCCAGGCACCGCUGAACCCUUGCUAGUGUCAUCCCCGGAGCACCCAAAACGCCGGGGCCAGGUCAGCGAGGCCUAUGUGAGCCUGCUAGACCUCACGCCCACCAUCCUGGACUGGUUCUCCAUCCCCUACCCCAGCUACACCAUCUUUGGCUCCGAGACUGUCCAGCUCACCGGCCGGUCCCUCCUGCCAGCGCUGGAGACAGAGCCGCCUUGGACCACAGUCUUCGGCAGCCAGAGCCUCCAUGAGGUCACCAUGUCCUACCCCAUGCGCUCCGUACAGCACCGCAGCUUCCGCCUCGUGCACAACCUCAGCUUCCGCAUGCCUUUCCCCAUCGACCAGGACUUCUACGUCUCGCCCACCUUCCAGGACAUCCUCAACCGCACCACGGCCGGGCAGCCCACGGGCUGGUACAAGGACCUUCACCACUACUACUACCGGGCACGCUGGGAGCUCUAUGACCAGAGCCAGGACCCCCAUGAGACCCAGAACCUGGCCAGUGACCCACGCUUCACUCAAGUUCUUGAAAUGCUGCAGGCCCAGCUGGCCAAGUGGCAGUGGGAGACCCACGACCCUUGGGUAUGCGCCCCUGAUGGCGUCCUGGAGGAGAAGCUCUCUCCCCAGUGCCGGCCCCUCCACAAUGAGCUGUGACUCUCUGGGACCACCUUUCCUCCCUUCCCGUCCCAGAAACAUUCCCACAAGCCUUCUUGACUGGUGGUGGAAGGGACCAACCAGGGGCAGUGAUUCCCAGCCCUUUCAAGAUGCCUCUGCCUGGAGGGAAGACCGUGUGUGUCUCCCUCUCCAGUGGUGCUGCCACCAUAGUAGGGGACACCACCGUCCUUGUGUCUGAACUGUACCCCAGCAUAGGAAUUCUUGGGGGACUUUGGGGACAGAGCAGGAUCCCAAGCCCAUGACGAGGAAGGCUGUUUGCUGGGUUGGUCUGAGAACCUGCAGGUGGAAGGACUUGAGACCCUCUCUGGUCUUUGGAAUCAACAGGUACUUCUGAGCCCUUUACCUGUGGACAGGUGGGAGCUUCUGUGCCACAGGGCAUGGGUCACAGUGGGUCCAAACCAUGCUCAGUGUGGCAAUGUGGCAUGGGGCUGUUACUAAGCUAUGGGCUCAAGGAAGCCUCUGAGCAACUCUGGGGGUUGUUACUGCCUCCUUUGGUUUGCCCCAAAGUCAACUACCAGCCCCCAGGAAGGCUUCUGCUGACGGAGCUCCCUGAGUGCUGAGUCUGAUCCUGUGGUCUUUCUGGACAAAGCUCAUUCUUCUUUUGAGAUUGUCCAGAGAUGAAGGUACGCAGGUGCCCCCAUCCCUCUAGCUUGGGUUAUUCUCUUGGAUGACACAAGCACUGCAUGGACAAGGGGCUGCACCUACCUGGCCUCUACCCUCCAUGGGGGCAGAAGCUUGGCAGGAGAGGACUCUCAUCCUCCAUGGGGGGGCUCCCCCACUCCUUCCUCCCCCCAACAUUGAAUGCUGGAGGUGGGAAAAAGCCACAGGCCACAGAGUAUUACAAAAGGUUUUUAUUUUAGUAAAAUAUGCGGAAGUUCA